AGCCAGUUCCACCGCCACCGUCUCCAUCUAUUUGUCUCAGUCUAAGCCAAGCUGAACCGCUGAGCUAUUCGGCGGAGAAACUAAUCCCUUUGUAAAUCAUACCUCCUUUUGUCACUCAGAAAAUCUCUAAUGACGAACUUGUUGUUUAUCCCAAACAACUACUUGGUCAUACCUCCUCCUCGCGUUUCUGCUUCUUCCUUCUCCUCAAAACCCAUUGCUCCUCAACCUCUUCUAGGCUUUUCAGUAGCCAACUCUUCCCCCAUAGUUUUACAUAGCCGCAGCAGUAGCAGGCGCGCCUUGUUUUUCAAAUAUCAUCUUUCUGCUCGAGGCUCUGUUCCCCCAGUGAAUGCAAAAGAGGAUAAUGUAGAUUCUAGUGGAGCAGAUCAACAACAUUUGCCUAGUUUGAGGACCCUCCUUAAAGUUUACAAGGAUGCUAUUUUCAAUGGAGAUGAAAAGACUGUAUCCGAAAUUGAGGCAAGGAUGGAAAUAAUAGAAAAUAAGCAGAAUGAAUUAGUCCAAAAAGUAUCAUCUAUAUCUGCAGAGGUAACAUCAGGGAAGGAAAAGCUUAUCCGCUUGCAAGCAGAUUUUGAUAAUUGUAGAAAAAGAUUUGAGAAAGAAAGACUUACCGUGAGGACUGAUGCUCAAGGAGAAGUAAUUGAGAGCCUUUUGCCCAUGGUUGACAAUUUUGAGAGAGCAAAACAACAAAUUAGACCUGAAACUGAAAAGGAGAAGAAGAUUGAUACAAGUUACCAAGGUAUAUACAAGCAAUUUGUUGAGAUUAUGAGGAGCUUGCGUGUGGCCUCUGUGCCAACUAAGGGAAAACCCUUUGAUCCUUCGGUGCAUGAAGCUAUUGCAAGAGAAGAGUCUCAAGAAUUUCCUGAGGGAAUUGUCAUUCAAGAGAUUCGCCGUGGCUUUUUACUUGGAGGUAGACUUCUAAGACCAGCAAUGGUUAAAGUCUCUAUAGGGCCGGGCAGAAAGAAAUCCCCUGUGGCCACUGAGAAAUCAUCAGGGUCACCUGCAACAGCCGCUUCGGUAGAGAAUUGAUAAGUUUCCACGCAGCGGCUGAAUUAGAUGCAAGGAUAAGACUGCUUCAAUUCUUUUAUGUGGCAUUUCUUAUUUCAAAGUAUUGGAGGUGUAAAAAUUUUAUCGAGAUUGUCACAUUGACAUUUAGGUACUGUACUUUUUGAUUCAUAAGAAGGAAAAGACACAUUUGUAACUCCGAGAAUCUUUGGAAUGUUGAAAAUCAACUAGUCUUUAGUGCAGUA